GGUGGGGGUAGAAGCAGAGCCAGCGACUGAUUAUGAUAAGGUAGCUUGCUGCUGAUCAAUCAGUCAAUGCAAGUCGCCGUGUCCACAUCAACAUGCCUUCUAAAACGCCAUCAACGCUACUAGGUCUAACCUUAUUUUCACUAGUGCUCACAUCAUACGGGCAGAGGUCACUUGCAGACAGAAAAUGGGUUUGGGGAGAGAGUCAGAGAUCAGCUUUCGAUCAGGACAGGUUGAGGGGUGAUUUCAGUGUAGCUAAACCACUCAUAAGCUCUCCCAAUGGAGCAGCUUUCAAUAAGCAGAUUCCAUUGUUCCAAGUAGCUGACAAUCCCAGGACAGAUUCCAAAAAUUUCAGGGAUUCGUCAUUAAAGGAAAGCCGUCCUCGCUACCAGGUGUUCGAAGGAGGUGAAAAUUCAGGAGGCAUUGGCGAACCGAUCCCUUCAGCGGCCAGCAACUUUGGCCCCUUGAACCGCCCCAACAAUGGUCCCAUAAAUGGUCCUAUAAAUGGCCCCAUAAACGGCCCCUUGAAUGGCCUUGGCCCCUUGAACGGUCCAGGUCCGUUAAACGGUCUUCCGCCCCCGCGACCAGCCCAUCAUCAACCACCCCCGAAUCCUGCCAACGGUGUUCUCACUGGACCGGUGCCUUCCUGGGAACAACCGCCUCCACCAAAGAACGGUGACCCGACUAGCUUUGAUUCGUGCAAAUGUGUGCAUUCUUUCAACUGCAAAUCGCCUGGACUACAGUUUGGAAGCUGUGAUACGGGAAAGCAGUAUUGCUGUACAAACAACCAAGGAUAUGGAUUGCAAGCAGCUGGCGCAGGAGGAGGUGGCUUCGGUAGUAAAUACGGUUCAAAUUUUGGCGGCAACAGAGAUGAUCUCCCUGCAGUACUUGCUGGUCCCGGCGGACCCGUAGACAAAAUACCGGGUCGGUUUCCCCCUCCACUCACCAGUGACCGACUUCCAUUCGAUGUCUACAUAAGGAGCAAUAAUGUAAAAAAGAACUGAUCAAUAUUUGUACCAAUAUAAAUUAUUCAUACAUAACGGCACUCAUAGUUACCAUAUUUUGUGAUAUCAUCAUCAUCAUCAUUGACUAUACGGUCAAAUUCGCAGUAUCAUUGUGUAUAGUAUGUUUCUUUAUAAGAAUAAUAUUUAUACAAUUCCAAAACUAGUUGAAUUGAGGAUGAGCCAAUAAAAAUUGUUUAAACUCCAAAUCAAAACUGAUGUAAACAUAGACUUCCUUUCAAUAUAAUCAGAAUGGAAGAGAAUAAUAAAAUAGUAUAAGAGUAUUAAUAAAUUAGAUAACUCACAAAAUACUAGAUACUCGUAUUUUCAUUCAUAUCCACCUUUUAGAUUAUUUCUAUUUCUUAUACUUUAUAGAAUUGAAUAGCAUUUUGACUGCCUUAACGUUUUGUUUCGGAGUGCGAACUUUUUGAAGUGUGAGUGGGAGCGCAGCCGGUGCACUGUUGACAAUUGACUACAAUGGUAUACAUAUAGAGAGUGUUUCAGAAGUAGUGUCGAACAUUUUAGGAUAUUGUUCCUGGAUGAUAGGAGACUACAAAUGAUGUAUUUGAAGCGUCCAAAACUCAACGGUUAUCCUUAUAGCUGCCAUUUUGUUUUUUUUUUCACUUAGAAUUUUUUAUCUCAAGAACGAAAUGUUGUGAAAUGUGAAAUAUGAAAUUUGGCAUGAGUAUAUUUAUGCUAUACUCAACUUUGAAAAAUUAAAUAAACUUUGUUAAAUAAAAAAAAUUCAAUGUAUUCAAAAUGGCGGCCAUUUUUAAUUUUUGAUGGCACAUUUCACAAAAACCGUUCACUUUACAGGAAAUUUAUAACAGACAAAAAGUUAGCAAAUUUUAUAAAGAUUUCAAGGAUACCUCAUUUAUUAAGAUUGGUCAGAGAAUAACAGAGAAAUUAAUCAUUUUCGAACAGCAUGCAUGAUCUUGAACAAAAAAGAUCAUCUGAAAAACAUUGUAAAAUCAGCUGGAUGGCCAUAUGGAGCCAUACCGAGUUUCAAAGCUUCAUCUUAAAUACAAUUGGAAUUAAGAAUGUAAUAUUGAUGUUUAAAUUGU